GGAUAUUGGAUUACUUCAGGGUUAAGUGAAGGCGUUUACUUGACUGUCAAGGACACAUGUGGUUCAAAUGAGCAGAGUUUUGCGGUUGGAUGGGGAUCUACUAAGAAUAACUGUAAACGAGUUGUCAAGAGUUGCUGAACUAAAAGGAAUACAGUUUUCUAGAUUUACCGAACUUAAUCGUAUACUGAAGGGUUUCCGUACACAUGAAAUGACAGUUUUAUCAGGAAAUACCGGUGUUGGUAAAACAACUUUCAUGUGCGAAUACUCACUUGAUCUGGCUGAACAGGGAGUCCCGACACUUUGGGGUAGUUUUGAAAUGCCUCUUCGGAAAGUGUGUAAAACGCUAGUUCAACAGUUUGCGGGUGAACCACUCGAUCCUCCCAUACCCAGUAAAAUUGCUGACUGGGCACGUAUGUUUAGCGAAGAGGUUCCUAUAUAUUUUAUGAACUUGCAUGGGGCUCAAAGUUUGACGGAAGUAUUAAAGACAAUGGAGAUUGGUGUUAAAGAUUUUGGCGUAGCACACAUAGUUAUUGAUAAUAUACAAUUUUUACUUGGAGCUGGUGAUGGUGCUUUCAUUGAACGUUUUCAGCGUCAAGAUUACUAUGUACAAAAAUUACGAGCUUUUGCCACUGAAAAAGGUCCACACGUGACAAUUGUUGCUCAUCCUCGAAAAGAAGAAAUUGGUCAUCUACUUUCAAUUAAUAGUUUAUAUGGUGGCGGUAAAAUUUCUCAAGAAGCAGAUAAUAUUAUGUUUUUACAAGUGGAUACAUCUACAUCAAUUCCUAAGAAAUUUUUACAAGUAUCUAAAAAUCGUUACGAUGGAACUGUAGGUUGUAUGGAUUUGAAUUUUCGCAAAGAUCGUCUUUCUUUCCGUCCACAACCUCGUCAACUAGUGGUUCCAACAAAAGCAACAACAUUUCCAAGAGUGCUUAGUUAUAAUUGAAUAUUUUCGUCAUCUUUAGCAUUAUUUCUAAUCAUAGAUAAAUAUUGUUUUGUCAUAAAACACUUCCAUUUAUUUGUAUAUAUACACAUAUAUAUAUAAAUAUCAUAUACAUGUGCAUGCAUUUGCUUUAUUCAGUUUCAUUAUUGUACAUGAUCAAUUCUCUUGCCAGUAUAACUUAUUUCUAUUGAAAAACAGAUUUCUCUACAAACCACAUUAUCUUUUUUUCUAUCAGAUCUUAAUAAUUGUAUCAUGAAAAUUUACACUAUGAAAAUAAUUUUAAACAAAAUAGAAUAACUUGUGCUAUCAAGUUUAUUGCCUUUAAAUAGAUUUUCUGUAUGUUUGUUUUUCUUAUACAAUUUAUUUCUAAAUAAUUUAUUACUGAAGUAAAAACAAAAAUUUAAUCAGUGAUAAAUACCGCCAUUAUAUUAUUCAGAUUUUUUUUAUUUGUUGUUUCAUUUUUCAAUAAUUAUUGUUGAGUUAUUUAAUUAAUAUGUGUGUAUUUUGAAAUAUUAACACAUAUUUAAUUGCACCUGUAAACAUUUAGCCGUAUAUGUGACCAACAACAACAGCGGCGCAUUUUCAUUGGUCACAUAUGUUGUUAAUCAUUUGAAAUAAUACAAGACUGUUUUUAUUAUGAUAGUUAAUUUGUUUUGAUUUUACCCGGGGUUUUUUUUUUC